CCGGCCAAUGGGAGGAGGCGUUGUUGGCGGCCGCGGCGGCGCAGCAGCCUGAGAGAGGGAGCAUUAAGGAGGGAGAGCCGAGGCCGCCGGAGCCGCCGCCGCUGCCGCAGCCGGAGUCCGAGGUGAAUAAAAUCCUUCAGAUGGCAGAUAACAGUAAUUCAGAAGAUGUUCCUUCAGAUUCCUUUGAAACCGCUAAAACUGCCAAAGAAAAACUCACGGACCAGGUGAUGCAGAACCCCCAAGUGUUGGCGGCUCUCCAGGAGCGACUUGAGAAUGUGUCCCAUACACCUUCAAGCUACAUUGAAACGUUACCCAAAGCAGUCAAAAGACGCAUCGAUGCUUUGAAACAGCUUCAGGUGAAAUGUGCUCACAUCGAGGCCAAGUUCUAUGAGGAAGUGCACGAUUUGGAGCGAAAAUAUGCAGCCCUUUACCAGCCUCUCUUCGACAAGAGACGGGAUUUUGUCACUGGUGAUGUGGAACCUACAGAUGCAGAAUCGGAAUGGCCCAGUGAGAAUGAGGAGGAGGAGAAACUAGCUGGAGACCUGAAGAGCAAGGCGGUGAUAGCUGAGAAUGAAGCUUCUGGGGAUGAGCCGAACCCCAAAGGGAUCCCGGAAUUCUGGUUUACGAUCUUUAGAAAUGUGGAUAUGCUGAGCGAGUUAGUCCAGGAAUAUGAUGAGCCGAUUUUGAAACACUUGCAGGAUAUUAAAGUAAAAUUUUCAGAUCCCGGACAGCCCAUGUCUUUCUCCUUAGAGUUCCACUUCGAGCCCAACGACUACUUCACCAACUCUGUCCUGACAAAGACUUAUAAGAUGAAAUCAGAGCCAGAUACGACAGACCCCUUUUCCUUCGAAGGGCCUGAAAUAGUCGACUGUGAAGGGUGCACUAUCGAGUGGAAGAAGGGCAAGAACGUGACGGUGAAGACGAUCAAGAAAAAGCAGAAACACAAGGGCCGAGGCACCGUGAGGACAGUCACGAAGCAAGUCCCCAAUGAUUCAUUCUUUAACUUCUUUAGCCCCAUCAAAGUAUCUGGGGAUGGAGAGUCACUGGAUGAAGAUUCAGAGUUUACAUUAGCCUCAGAUUUUGAAAUUGGCCACUUCUUCCGUGAAAGGAUAGUCCCACGUGCGGUCCUUUAUUUUACCGGGGAAGCCAUAGAGGAUGAUGACAACUUUGAAGAAGGCGAGGAGGGGGAAGAAGAGGAGUUGGAGGGUGAAGAAGAGGGAGAGGAAGAUGAUGACGCAGAGAAUGAUCCCAAGGUGUAAUUUUUGUCUGUUUAUCAUUCAUAUCAUAGAGAGAAUGCGGCCAGCCUGCGGAGUGCAAGCAGCAGUGACGCGUGGGGACGCACGCCCUCUUGGAAGAGGCUGGGCCACCUCGGACGGACAAAUGCCUUGGGAUCCCUGGCCUGUGGCUUGGGGUGUUAGCUCGCCACAGUGCAGCCUCACUAACAAUGCUUACGGUUAACUUGUUUUCAAGUGCGUGGUUUUCACUUACGCUUUUUUUUCUUUGCCUAAUUUGUACAGUGUAACUUCGAUGCAUUUCGCAAAUAAGAGGUUUCAGUAAAGCGCCCUCUCUGCCCGCCAUUGGCCGCCUAUGAACUGGGCAGGUGCACACAUGGGUGCCAGAGUGCAUAUGUAACUUGGUCAAGACAAAGAGGAGGUAGGACACUGCGUGCGCGCGCGCGCGCACACAUACACACCACACACUCACACACUUUUACUCACUCCACCCUGCCCCCACCUGUGCCCGUGCCUGCUUUAGCAGCCUCUAUCCCAGUCAUCUCAGAGCUGCCAAGUAAAGUAAAGCCAUGUUUGCUAGGGAAGAAGGGGAGGGGACAGGCAGGGGGCUCAGGCAGGUCAUCUUCCUAUUUAUUUCCUCGUGUUCGUACGUACGUUGAACUUGGGCCAUGUUUGCCUGACAGAAGGUGUGGCGCCUCUGUCCAGGGAAGAGGGGCUUGUGUACCCUUCCCAGAGCAGAGGCCGAGGUCCUCAUGCCUUGGAGCAGGGGGUGGGCUUGGACUUGGACGCACACAGUGGCCAUCGGGGCUGUGGAUCGUCGGCCUCCUCCGGUUCCCCGGCUCCAGCUUUUGCUCAGUGCUCUGGGAUGGGUGGGUCCCUUAUUUCUGUUGGCGUGUAGGAUUUCGGAUGCACCUUUCUAGUUACUCAGUACCUGAUGCCAAUCUCCAGCCACCAUUGACUAGCAGCUUUAUCAACACUGUGACCAGGCGUGUAGAGUGCUCCAGCCUUACCUGAAACAAUACACAUUUGUAACUUAAUAAUAGACGGCGUUUUCAAUUUGUACAGAAUAGUUAGGGUAUUCUAUUAAAGUUGUGAAACCUGAA